AUGGCCGAAAAGCCCUCCGUCCUCCUAAUUGAGUCCAGCGUUCAGCACAUCGACCAUCCCCGACGGCAAGCCCUUUCAGAAAAUGUCAACUUCCUGAUCUAUGACUGUUCGUCUGUCGACGAGUUCAUUCAUCGGCUGCAGCCUGGUGGCACAUACAGCAAUAUCACCGCUAUCAUCCGAACAGGUUGGCUUAAAGCCGGACCGUAUGCAUCACACCUAGUCUUCACCAACAAAUCUAUUGUGCACUACCCUCCAAGCCUGAAACUCAUCUGCUGCAGUGGACACGGCUAUGAUGCAGCCGAUAUCGAAGCAUUAACUGCGCGGGGGAUCUGGUACUGCAAUACACCCAAUGCGUGUACAGAGGCUGUUGCCAACACGGGACUAUCUCUCGUGCUGGAGAGCUUCCGAUAUCUGAGCUAUGCACAGUGGUGUGCCCGGUUUGAUUGGCAGAAGAGUCGAGAACUUGGGACCAAAGCUGUUGAUCCAGCUGGUAUGGUGUUGGGGGUCAUUGGUAUGGGCGACAUUGGGAUUGCGAUUGCGCAAAAAUGCGAGGCUGCGCUGGGGAUGAAAAUUGCGUAUCAGGGUCCACGCAGAAAGCCUGAUGCGGAGGCGAAGCUUAAGGGGGGUGCUCAGUACUAUCUGGAUCUGCUCGAGAUGCUCUCCGUCGUUGAUUGUGUGGUAGUUGCCGCACCUUAUACCCCAAGCACGCAUCAUCUGCUCUCGCAACGGGAGUUCCGGGCCGCCAAAAAGACCGGCCUUCGAGUGGUCAAUAUUGCUCGCGGAAAGAUUAUCGAUGAAGAGGCUCUGGUAUCUGCGCUAGAAGCAGGCCAGGUCGUUGGGAUCGGGCUUGAUGUUCAUGAGAAUGAGCCAAAAGUCCAUGACAAGCUAAGGGAGAACUGGAUGGUCACUUUGUUACCACAUAUUGCGGUAUGCUCGGACACGAGUUGGGCCAACUUUGAAGCAGGAAAUUGGAGCAAUCUCGAAUCUUUCCUGGAGAGUGGCAAGCCGGAGACACCAGUAAAUCAAGUGUGA